AACAAGAAAGAUUCGAAACGACCUGCGCAAAUUCAAAAUCAACCUGUAAGCAAUGGACUUCCAGCUACGCCUACUUGGCCUCAUUUGAAAUUCGAGUUUCUGCAACCAGAAAAGAUAAGGGAUAUAAACAGAAAAACACCGAAGGAUCCAGAUUAUGAUCCCAAAACGAUCCACGUCCCCACUGAUUUCUUAAAUAAUCAAACUCCUGCGAUGAGGCAAUGGUGGGAAUUAAAAAGUAAGCACUUUGACUGUGUAUUUUUCUACAAAAUUGGCAAAUUCUACGAGUUGUAUCACAUGGAUGCGGUUAUCGGUGUCAAUGAGCUUAGUCUUACGUACAUGCGAGGUGAAUUUGCGCAUUCCGGAUUCCCUGAAAUUGGAUAUGGUCGUUAUUCGGCGAGUCUAAUAGAGAGAGGAUACAAAGUCGCACGAAUUGAGCAAACUGAGAAUCCAGAAAUGAUGGCGGCGCGUUGCAGCAAAAUGGCUAGACCGACAAAAUUCGAUAAAGUCGUGAAGCGCGAAAUUUGUCAAGUCAGUACUAGGGGUACAAGAGUGUAUACUCCGUUAGACGUGGAAGCGUCUACACCAAACUCCAAUUAUCUGUUAUCUCUGGUUGAAAAGUGUGAUCUCGCUUCAACGAUCAGUUCUUUUGGAGUAUGCUUUAUAGAUACGACAAUAGGUGAAUUUUACCUUGGCCAGUUUGUCGAUGAUCGCUGCAAUUCGAGACUAUUGACUCUGCUGGCUCAUCAUCCACCGGUUCACGUAAUAUAUGAACGUGGUACCUUAUCGCAAAAAACUUUGCAGCUUAUAAACAACACUCUACCAGUGGCGCUAAAAGAACCGCUACAACGCGAGUCACAAUUCUGGUCUGCUACAACUGUACUGAAAAAACUUCACGAAGGCAGUUAUUUCAAAAAGGAAAACGACUCGAGCUUCGCAUGGCCUGAGGGUCUGAAACCCUACUUAAACGAAGGAGAUAGUUUGGGUUUAACGCCGGCAGAUAAUAAAGAAUUGGCAAUACACGCACUAGGAGGAUGCGUGUAUUUGCUGAAGGAGUUCCUACUCGAACAGCAAUUAUUAGCGCAAGGCUGUUUCAAUACUUACACUCCGCCGGACUUUUCGGCCGCGAGCAGCCGCGCAGGUCUCAAUUACGCAAACACCAUGGUAAUAGAUGCUGUUACAAUAAAAAAUCUAAGGCUCUUCGGAGAUGGUUCACUCAUUGGUAUAUUAGACCGUUGCUGUACUGCGUUCGGUAAAAGAUUGCUGCGCGAAUGGAUCUGCAGGCCAUCUUGCCGCAAAAACGUUAUUAUAGAGCGCCAGGAAGCUGUACAGGAAUUAGUGGAUCGAAUGGACGUGAUGCAGUCGGCUCGCGCAAUUUUGUCAACUCUACCAGAUCUUGAAAGACUUUUGAGCAAAAUACACGCUCAGGGAAAUGCUGCUAGAAUGAAAGAUCAUCCUGACGGUAGAGCCAUAAUGUUUGAGGGCCCCACAUAUUCAAAAAGGGUGAUUGUAGAUUUCACCACGACACUCGCUAAAUUCGAAGAAGUGCUGAAAUUCAUCGAACUGUUUGAUGAUUUUAAAAGUAGCUUGAUAACUCGUUAUACUCGGUACGAACCGGACGGUGAAUUCCCCCAAUUAAGGGAGACAUUAGACUAUUUUAAGACCGCAUUUGAUCACGAAGAAGCUAAAAAGCAAGGCUAUAUUGUUCCGAAAAAGGGAGUAGAUGCUGAAUAUGAUUCAGUUUUAAUUGAGCUCGCGGAGAAUAAGAAAGAUUUAGACAGAUAUUUGGAAAAACAAAAGCAACACUUCGGUGUAAAAAUAACAUUCCACGGAGCAGAUAGAAAACGUUAUCAAAUCGAAGUUCCCGAAUCGCAAGUUAAGAAAGUUGGCCCCGGGUACGAAUUAACGUCGCAAAGAAAAGGCUUCAAACGUUAUUAUACCGCCGAGGCAAAGGAGCUUUUGGCGAGACAAAUGAAUGCAGAAGAGCACAAGGAUAAGGUGCUGAAGGAUCUUAACCGGCGAAUAUUUGCGCAGUUCAGCGAAAAGUAUGAUAUGUGGCACGCAGCCAUUCACAAAUUAGCCACCAUGGAUGUGCUCAUCUCUCUCGCGGAUUACGCGCGAAACGGUGAUAUGUGUAUCCCGGAGAUACACGACGGAUCGGAUGGUGAGGUAUUCAUCAGGAUAAAAGACGGAAAGCAUCCCUGCAUCACGUCUGACAAUUUUAUACCGAAUGAUACUUCCUUGGCAAACGACGAUGCCGCCUCUUUCAUGAUUCUGACGGGUCCGAAUAUGGGAGGCAAAUCGACCCUCAUGCGCCAAGUGGGUCUGAUCACGAUCAUGGCGCAAAUAGGCAGCUACGUUCCAGCCAGCUCGUGCUGCAUAACCCUGGUGGACCGUAUUUUCACGCGACUGGGCGCGAACGACGACAUUCUGGCCGGUCAGAGUACGUUCUUGGUCGAACUAAGUGAAACUGCUGCGAUACUGCAACAUGCUACGCCCUAUUCGCUGGUUCUUGUCGACGAGUUGGGACGCGGCACAUCAACCUAUGACGGUACAGCAAUCGCGGCUGCGGUCGUUAAUGCAUUGACCAAGCUAAAGUGUCUCACAUUGUUCUCAACGCAUUACCAUUCUUUGGUUGAGGAUUACAAAACCAAUAAAGAAGUCACGUUAGCUCAUAUGGCAUGCAUGGUGGAAACGGAGGAGGAGGAAGUGUCACAAGAGACCGUGAAGUUUUUGUACAGGCUCAGCGAAGGGGCAUGUCCAAAGUCUUACGGAUUCAAUGUCGCUCGACUAGCAGGCGUAUCUUCUAUAAUCACAAAAAGAGCGCACGAGAUAGCUAGGAGGAUGGAGCAGGAAACUAAUCACAAGCACAUCUUUAAUGCUCUUUGCAAAGCCAACGGUGCCGGAAUAAGAAGUCUCAUUGCUACCAUUUAAUAUAUCAAAUAUUACGUCGAACACUCGUAUAAUCAUUUUUUGAGAAACUAUGUGGGAAAAAAAUGAUCACUUUGCAGUUGGAUUUGUAACUUGUACAAAUGGUAAAAAUGGGCAUUAUACUUACGUUGUCAGACACUUUCAUAUAUAUAUCAAAUUGCGUUCUAAAUAACUUAUCAAAUUUUCAAAUCUAUAUAAUAACAGUAUUCGUUUCAUACAGGAAUUUAAUAUAUGUAAGUU